GCGAUGGGCGGGGCCAGGGGCGGCCAUGGCGACGGGCAGCGGCGGAGCCGGGGCAGGUCCCGGUCCCGGUCCCGCCGCCAGCGGAGCCGGCGGCUGGCGGGGCCCGGGGCUGAUUUGGGCUGAAAAGAAGAGGCUGAACAAAGGGACAGAUGUAGUGGAGAAAAGGGGUCCAUACAUCAUGAGCAAACCUCCCUCUAUUCAGGCCAAGCUGAAGAGGCAGCGGGAGCUGGCAAAGACAGCACUGCGAAGGCAGGGGCUGCUGGGGGCACCCACUGCCCCAAAACCAACUCCUAAAAGGUCUGUGAAGUUCAACAAGGGCUACACGGCACUCAGCCAGACAGCUGAUGAAAACCUGGUCUCCUUUGACUCAGAUAGUGAUGGGGAGCCAGGAUCCAGGUGUUCCUCAGGAUACUCCUCCGCUGAGCAGGUGACCCAGGACCUGAGCCGGCAGCUGCUGCAGGACGGGUACCACCUCGACGAGGUCCCUGAUGAUGAAGAUCUGGAUCUCAUCCCCCCAAAACCCGCUGCCUCCUCUUCUUGCCCCUGUUGUUUUGGAGAAAAUCUCUCCUGCACGAUUCAGUAGCUGCACAAGAACAGGUCAAAAUCCAGCACUUUCUUUGUCCCGUGGGAUGGGUGGUGGGUGUCCAGGUCUCACGCCAGGACGGUGACACAAGGACUGAACGAUGCUGCUCGUGGCAGAGACCAACUGACCCCAAAAGACUUCUCCUUACACUCAGCAAUAGCAGGGGGAGGUGGCACAGUGACAUUUUGGUGUCCUGGAUGGGACCUGGCACUUGGCUGGGGUGGGAAGGGAGGUCAGGCAGAGCCCAGCACCUCCACAGGGAUAUAAAGGGAAGGAUUUGGGAGUUUCUAGGGUUGGAGCUAAUGGCUUAUUCCCAUUCUCCUCAACGCUGCUUUGAUACAGGGGAGACACAGCUCAGGCCCCCGUCCCAGCUCCACACAGGGCUUGUAUUUG